AUGAUGAUAAAUCCCAACGAUGCAUCAAGCUUUGCAGGAAGAACACCAAAAUUUGUGGUUGAGGUGUUGUACAACUUCUUUCCGUCCGAUAAGCAACAUUUAACCCUUACUCAAUAUGAAAAGGUGAAGGUCAUUGAGACUCAUGAAAGUAAUUGGUGGAUCGGAGAGAGAGCAAAUGGAGAAGUAGGAUUGUUUCCAGCAAAUUAUGUGAGGAGAGUGAGUAAAAAAUCAAAGGAAGAACAAUUACAAAAAAGAAAACAAAUUGCCAGUCAAUUAGGUUUGGGUGGCUUGGAUCUUGACGACUUACUUUCCGAAGACGACGAUGACGACGAUAUCUUAAUGUCAUCAGAAGAUGAGCAAGAAAACCCCAACACCACGCUCACAAAACAAUCCUCUACUGCUUCGUUAAAAACACAACCUCCUCUUCCUUCUCAACAACAACAGGUCACUACAGGCAAUAUGCAAAAUGCGACUGGAAAAUUUGUCACCGAAGAGGCCUAUGAAAAGAAAAAGAAAGAAUUGCAAGAGGCUCUCCAAAAACAAUUAGAAGACCAAAAAAACAAAAACCAGACAAGCAGAAGAAAUUCAAAAACUUAA